ACGGUGGGCCCCAGCCAGCAAGGGAUGAAUGCCCUGCCUCCUUCCACCAGGCUACUUAGAGCAAAACAGCAGAAGAAACAUCAGUAACCAAAGCUGCUGCUUCAAAUCAAGACAGGAAGUGAGCACCACAGAAGAUACCAUGCGUGAGUGCAUCUCUGUUCACGUUGGUCAAGCUGGAGUCCAAAUUGGCAAUGCAUGUUGGGAACUCUUCUGUCUGGAACAUGGCAUUCAGCCAGAUGGCACCUUCAGGGACCAACCCAGCGAUGACGACUCUUUUGCCACAUUUUUCAGAGAGACAAGCACUAGAAAAUAUGUGCCACGGGCUAUUAUGGUGGACUUGGAACAAACUGUAGUAGAUGAGGUACGAACUGGCACCUACCGGCAGCUUUUCCAUCCAGAACAGCUGAUCACUGGAAAGGAAGAUGCAGCGAAUAACUAUGCACGUGGCCACUACUCCAUUGGAAAAGACAAAAUUGACAUGGCGUUAGAUCGUAUACGCAAACUGGCUGAUGCCUGCUCAGGGCUACAGGGAUUCCUGAUUUUCCACAGCUUUGGUGGGGGCACUGGCUCUGGCUUUACCUCCUUACUGAUGGAACGCCUCUCCCUGGACUAUGGAAAGAAGUCCAAGUUAGAGUUUGCCAUCUACCCUGCUCCCCAGGUCUCCACCGCUGUGGUGGAGCCCUACAAUUCCAUCCUGACCACGCACACCACCCUCGAGCACUCGGACUGCGCCUUCAUGGUCGAUAACGAGGCUAUCUAUGACAUUUGCCGCCAAAACUUGGACAUUGAGCGCCCGACUUACCCUACCCCCACCCGCCUCAUCAGCCAGAUUGUCUCCUCCAUCACCGCCUCGCUGCGCUUCGAUGGUGCCCUCAACGUGGACCUGACCGAGUUCCAGACAAACCUGGUACCCUACCCGCGCAUCCACUUCCCCUUAGUGACCUACGCCCCCAUCAUCUCUUCCGAGAGAGCGUAUCAUGAGCAGCUCUCGGUGGCAGAAAUCACCAGCUCCUGCUUUGAGCCCAACAACCAGAUGGUGAAGUGUGACCCGCGACAUGGCAAGUACAUGGCCUGCUGCAUGCUGUAUCGUGGUGACGUAGUUCCCAAAGACGUCAACGUAGCAAUUGCUGCCAUCAAGACCAAGAGAGCUAUCCAGUUUGUGGACUGGUGUCCAACAGGCUUCAAGGUUGGGAUUAACUACCAGCCUCCCACAAUUAUUCCUGGGGGAGACCUGGCCCAGGUUCAGCGAGCAGUCUGCAUGCUGAGCAACACCACAGCCAUCGCAGAGGCCUGGGCAAGGCUCGACCACAAGUUUGACCUGAUGUACGCCAAGAGAGCCUUUGUGCACUGGUAUGUGGGGGAAGGCAUGGAGGAAGGAGAAUUUGCAGAGGCCCGGGAAGACUUAUCUGCCCUGGAGAAGGAUUAUGAGGAAGUGGCAAAUGACUCAUUUGAAGAUGAAAAUGAUGGGGGGGAAUCUUAAAAUUCACUUUGCCCUCUUCUGUGCAUAAGAUUGCCUCUAUGUCUCUUUAUUUCAUGUGGCUGCAUUUUUGCUUGUUUCACACACGCCAGGUCCGUAGAGCAUGUCAGUAGAGUGUAACCAUUCUGAGUUUCAAAAAUUCCAUCUCCAUUAUGAGAUCACAAAACAAUCAGCAGCAGGAUGUAUGACCAGCUAAUCAUUAGCCACUAUUCCUCAGAGGGCAACAGGCUUCUUUUUUUUUUUGCCAGUAUAUCCUGAAAACAAGUUACUUCUGGAGCUAAAGGUCCAUCUGUUUUAUAUACUGUCAUUUAUUCAACACAAAGAUACAGCCAUGUAGCUGCAAUCUCAUGAUUUGAGAAACUCUUCUGCUUCAAAAUGUCACACGCAAUUGUGCUACAAACACUAAAUGAAGAGACAUUACAUGCAGUGCUCAAUCUUUAUUUCAUACUAAUUCAAAACAUAAUGUUAGUAAGGCUUUAAGAUGCAGUGAGAACUCUCAGUUUUAAGUAUCUCUGCUCCUUCAAACAUUUCUGGAAGAUGUCCUACUGAAGCUUUCUUAAGAAAAUGUUAUUCCUUUGACGCUUUCAAUUCCCUCAUAUACUUGUCUCCUUCCAUUUUGCCUGAUCUUACCAAAUCUGUCUCUCCUUCUUUAUGUUUUUCCCUGGGUCUCAUCAUUUCUUGUGUUCUCCUCACCCCCACCCCCAACCAUUAUUCCUUUAUUCCUCAUUAGGUUCUGCUAAGAAGUCUCCUGCCUGUCUAAUCUCUACAUUAGCACCCUCCUUGAAACCCUCUUUCUUUUCUGGGUCUUCACUUCUCUGUGAUGUGCAGUGUGGCAGGUAACAGAGCUGUAGUCUGCAGAUAUGAGAGCAGUGACCUCUGUCAGGAGGGUACAAAUGCCAAGGAAAUCUGUAGCCUGCACAAUUGCAGCUGGAAAAAGAUGCAAGGAAGCCCUAAGCAUUCGUUUCCCUUUUAACAGCGCCUUGGACAAAGGAGAAAUAAAGUUCUUGGCACUGUUGGUACCAAGAACUUACAGCUAGUCUUAGCACCAUUGCUUCUAUAGGAUCUGCAGUGUGGGGUGAUUAGAAGGGGUGAUUUUGCCAGGUGCCAUGAGCAGGGGCACAAUUCGGGUACUCUUAACUUCAGUGGGAGUUUAGAACAUGCUAUGCUUAAGCAGCAACGGUGUAACAGUCAAAACAGGACUGGUCUGGAAGUACAAGUAUGUGGACAGCCCUGUUGUCACUACUAAAUGGAUAACUUCUCUGGCAGAAAUAAAGGCUUUAAAAUAACCAGCUUGUGGAAUGCAGGACAGAAGCAUUACAAGUUCCAUCAAACUUUCUGAAACCACAGUAAAUCAGAGCCAUGACAAAGAAUGUGUGUCAUAGUUAAAGGUGGGAUGUCUAAAAAUGCCAGCUAUGACUUCACAACUUAGUGUUGGUAAUUAAUAUUUUUGUAUAUUCCCGUUCUUUCAUGAUUUUAGAACUGUAUAUCGUUAAGGUAUGCAUGCAGGUGGCCAGUCCUGGCCUGAGGUUAGACUGAUGGGAUAACAUGAGAAACUGCUGCACGUUGCAGACAAUGGAAGGGGAAGAGUGACUGACCAACCCCAGCCUGGGUCUAAACUAGUAAGUUAAUGGCAGGAGAAACUACCAGACAUUACAUACAGCGAAAGGGGAGUUUUGGGGACUCCCCUUGGGUGAAAGAUGUCAACAGAAAGUGAAGGGGGUGCUGGAUUACUGGAGUCACUAACUAAAGCUGAAAUUACAAUGUAAGAGCGUAAAAUCAGAAAAACGGUGUCAGUGGGGGAAAAAGGUCAGGUAUGUGUUUAUCUGGGAAGGGGGAAGCAUGAAAAUGGUAAUAUAAGGGAAAGCAAAUCAUGCAAUAGGGCCUGUUUGUGGGUACCUGUCGAGCAGCCCCAGUGCCUGAACAAUGCCUGGAGCAAGACACUUAACCAGUAGUUCUGACCUUACCAAGUGUGUCUGACUUGCCAGGUCAGAGUUAUCUGGAAGGUUUCCCUUAACAUAGAUAAGAAGACAUCCUGGAGGGAACAGAGAAUGGACCAAACCUCUUUAACAUAUAGCACUAUAGUUUUUUAACACUGGAUAUAUUAUUGAUCUUUCAUAAGUAAAUUUCUUUAAGAAAAUCAAUGUUUUCCUUGAAGCAUAUGCUCAUCAAAUACAAAUUCCAGCAGUGCUACAGAAAUGCCCUAUUUUUCCCCCUAACUGGUGCAGGCUGCUGCCCCCUUUCUGGUAGCUCAGUUUGUAUUAGGUCUCCUAAAAGGUCAUAAUAAAGCAGACACAUCCAGAAACUCAACUGACAGAUGCAAGAUGUAGUUUGCCCUACUUUUUAUCUACAAAGUGAAUGGCUGGUCUCUAUAUUAUAAACCAUAGUUCUGAACAGGGUAUAUUAGGGUAGGUAAUUCUGCAAGUCCAGAUCUACUUCCACAAAUUUUUACAUAUAUAUACACACAUCUUGUGCCUGAAAAUUCUAACCAAAAAGGAAGUAACUCUUCUGAAACUGUAUCCCAAAAUGUACUGCAUUUUUCUUUAUUGAAACAUCAUUAAAAAAAAAGGCAGCACAGUUCUCUUUCAGGCAUAAUGUUUGAAAGCCAUUCUUUUAUUAAUAUAUCAGAGUUCUGUGUGGAUACUAAAAUAGUAGAAUUUGGUGUAUUUUAGAAAUAAUUGAAAUGAGAUAUUACCAAGUCUCCCAGUAGGUGGCAACAGAAUGACAGAAUGGAGUUUUACAGUGGACACACUGAAGCAUUUACAUCAUUCACCUAACUUAUGAAGGUAUCAUAUGCAAUUGUGGAAAAUGUAAAGACUUUUGUGCACCAUACACUGUCUUUAUAAGCAUCAAACCAAAAAUUAAAGGGACUUGUAUAAUCACCAAAGAACCUCCUAGGAAUAUACUGUUUCCUAAGAUCUGCACAAUACUGUUUUAAGUUAUGCAAGGUUUUGCCACUAUUGUUAUGUCACUUGGAUAGCUGAUCUGUAAGGAAUGAUGUACAUCUGGUAGGGGAGGUAUCUGUCAUGAGAUAAAGAAGUUUUUGCCCUUCAUCUGCCUGUUAACAUGUUUUGAUGUCUAUUCAGAACAGAACUAACUGAUGGAUCACAGAACUUAGUGGUUCUCUUAGCCCAAAAUGUGUUGAACGGUACUUCUCUGUAUUAUUCAAAAAUGCUA